AUGGUAGCUGCAUUCUCAGAAGUGAUGGUGAACGUUAGAAAGUUUGCGUCUUCUCGUCCAAUAUUUGUCUUCUUCUUCCUGGCAUUUCUGGUGAUUGCUUUCGGGUGCAUACCGGUCACGAUUUGGCUCAGAACAACUAAGAACGUAACAGACGACAUUACUGAAGACUUACGGUCAAGUCUAGUUUCCAAGAUUGAAAACAUUGGAAAACUUACCUACCAGGAGACCAGUUCAUCUAUAACCGGUUUAGCCAGAGUUAUAGAUUCUUAUCUCACAAAUAACGAUAUUCAUUUCAAAGAGAUUCAAACACAGAUCGCACCGGUGUUGUUUCAAGCUUAUUCAACGAUCCCUCAAGUCUCACAAGUUUCGUACGUUAGUACGGAUGGUCUCUUGUUUUCUUACAAAACAGAAUUAAACGCAAGUGUCGCUGUUUAUGUCAACUCUUCAAGUGGUAAAGGAGAGUACACAUUGUACACUCAAACCGUCGAUCAGAUAACCGGUCGUCUCACGGGGAAGGCGAGGAAAUCUAAAGCGUUAUACGUAACCCAUAAAGAAUGGUUUCAAGCAGACCACACUACGGCCUUUGUGGGAACUGGUUUGGGAGGAGAAGUUAACGAAACUCUGUUUCAGAACGUUCUUAGCUUGUACAGCAAGAAAGGAGUUGUUUCACUAGGGUUCCCGGUUAAGACUUUAAUCGUUGCUUUGAACCGUUUGAAUCUGCAAGGUGGAGAGCUUUACUUGUGGACCAAGGAAGGGACCUUGAUUGUACCUGAAAGUUCACCAAAUGCUACUUUCUUCACCUCUAAUGGCUCCAUUUGCUUCGGUAGAGAAUCCUCGAAAACCCUCUCGUCUCAUUGCAUCCCUGGAAACUGCAGUUCUCGUGGCUACACGGUGGAGAUCGGAAGUUUGAAAUUCCAAGCUUUUUGCUCUGUUCUUGAAGUUUCCGGGGUGCCUCUGAGAUACACACUCAUGCUUCCCAACAAAGAAAGAACACCAAGCAUCUGGAGCGCAUCGCUGUAUCUGCUUGUUGCAACGAUGUUUUUGGGCUUGUGCUGGCCUCUAGGGUUUGUGGCUUUUAUGGUGAACGCAGCAGGAAGAGAGAUGCAUAUGCGUGCAACAUUGAUAAACCAAAUGGAAGCAACACAACAGGCCGAGAGGAAAAGCAUGAACAAGAGUCAGGCCUUUGCAAGAGCUAGCCACGACAUAAGAGGUUCCCUUGCUGGUAUUACCGGUCUGAUUGAUCUAUGCCAUGACUCUGAAGAAGUUAGACAUGGGUCUGACCUAGAGACUCGUCUUAAGCUAGUGAAUGGCUGCACCAAAGAUCUUCUUGAUCUGCUUAACUCUGUUUUGGACACGAGCAAAAUCGAAAGCGGGAAGAUGCAGUUAAAAGAAGAGGAGUUUAACCUAGCAAAACUUGUGGAAGACGUCAUCGAUUUUUUUCAUCCAGUGGCGAUGAAGAAUGGGGUUGAUGUGGUUUUCGAUAUGCACGAUGGCUCCGUUUUUAAAUUCUCAAACGUGCGAGGAGAUAGUGGAAAAUUGAAGCAAAUCCUCAACAAUCUUGUCAGCAAUGCGGUCAAGUUCACGGUCGAGGGACACAUUUCGAUCCGAGCUUGGGCUCAGAGGACCAGUUCCAAGAGCUCUGUGGUCCUUGCAUCGGACACUGAAGGAGGUUUAUCGAAGUAUAAUAUCUUCUACAAAAAGAAUAAAGACGAGUCGUCAACAUCAAGAAGAGACAAUGGGAACAUGGUGGAGUUUGUGUUUGAAGUGGAUGACACAGGUAAAGGAAUACCAAUGGAGAUGCGUAAGUCAGUGUUUGAAAACUAUGUUCAGGUAAGAGAAACAGAUCAAGGACAGCAAGGAACUGGAUUAGGACUUGGGAUUGUGCAGUCUCUGGUGAGAUUAAUGGGAGGAGAGAUAAGAAUCAUUGACAAGGCGAUGGGAGAGAAAGGAACAUGUUUCCAGUUCAACGUGUUAUUGUCAGCAGCAUCAGAGUCUCAAGUGAGUAGACAGGACAUAGAAGCAGGAGAUCAUCACAUGUCUUCGGCUAUUAAAAGUUCCUUGGGAGGUAGCAUGAGCAUAAGGAAUGUGAGCCCUAGGUUACACAACUGGCUCCACAGCUCGAGUCCAAAGCAAGAAAGGUCUAGAGUGGUUCUUCUGAUGAAAGAUGGAGAACGUAGAAGGGUCACAGAGAGAUACAUAAAGAGUCUUGGAAUAAAAGUCACAGUGGUGGACAAAUGGGAGCAUCUGAAUCAUGCCCUGGAGAGGCUUCUUGAGUUUUCACGUCAAGGUUCCAGAAAUGAAUCAUUAAGCUCGAGCUCAAGGGAGUUACCUUUGAUAGGCAUGGAUGUAAUUGAUUCAAGAAGCCAGGUUCCCAAAAGAAGAAGCAGUGGUUUCUCUCCAGCUUUCCUUCUGGUGAUUGAUGCGGAAACAGGAACAUUUCUUGAGCUGUCUCACAUUGUUGAAAAGUUCCGCAGAAGCUUGCACCAUGGUCUGUCAUGUAGAGUUGUUUGGCUUAACAAACCAAGCGGACGUGGGAGUUUCAAAGGGGACAUUACCUGUUCUAAACCCUUGCAUGGAUCAUGUCUCAACCGAGUGUUGAAGAUGUUGCCUGAAUUUGGAGGAACUGAGCCAAAAGAAGCACCUGUUCCACUGCAAAGGGAACCAAUCAUUAGACACUCUCUCACUGGAGAGACAUCACCAACACCUUCAAAGCGUACUGUUCAAAAGCAUAUUUUGAAUCAAGAAGACAAACAUGGAGCUUUUAGGACUAGUGAAGAUGAGUUCUUGAGUGGAAAGAGGGUAAUGGUGGUGGAUGAUAAUCUUACAACAUCUUUAUAUGCAACAAUAAAGCUGAAAAAGAUGGGAGUGUCUGAGGUCACACAAUGCUACAGUGGGAAAGAAGCUGUGAGAUUAGUCAGUGAAUGGCUUACACAAAGAGAGCAUGGAGAAGAAGGUUCAUCAGAAAUGCUUCUCCCCUUUGACUACAUAUUCAUGGACUGCCAGAUGCCUGAAAUGGAUGGAUAUAAAGCAACUAGAGAAAUUAGGAAGAUGGAGGAAAAAUAUGGUAUGCACAUACCAAUUAUAGCUGUAUCUGGACAUGAUCAUGGUUCAAAGGAAGCAAUAAAAACCAUACAAGCUGGUAUGGACGCCUUCUUAGAGAAAAACCUGAAUCAUGACCAACUUGCAAAGGUUAUAAGAGAUAUCAAAAGCAAGGUAUGGCUCUACAUGCAACUCUAA